UAAUAUUAUAUUGAUACAAAGAUUCGUCCAUCCAUACUCUCGUGUGCAGCGUCCAGAUAAGCCUUAAAUAAGAUUCAUUUAUUUAUCGGAUUUAUUUACAAAGCACAGGGCGAAAUAUAGAUGCUAUUGUAAUACUAACUAAGUAAUUUAUCUUCUUUACAGUAUAUUGAUGAUUCCUACGCUGAUUCUGAUGAGCCAUCAUUAGACAUUGAUGAACGCGUCGGUAUUAUGGAAGAUACCGACUGUCCCUCCAACAAAACCAACGAACCUAUUUACUACAUUGUCGACACAACGGAUACGGUGAGGGUCGUGGUACAAGUGCCGCGAAAAUUUGAGCAGAUCUACACUGUUGAGUGGUGCCUAAAGGAGGGUCAGAUGAAACAGGACAGUUCAAACUUCUUAAAUCUUACAUUAAGUCAUCAUGAUAUGGAAUGUGUCACCAUGAGGAUGAACUUUGAUUUCAUCGUUCUGAGUGAAAAUGGACGAGGCCUGGAGAGAGUUCAAGCAAAAGAUGGAAUCCCAGUAUGCUGUAGGUGCAGACAGAUGGACAAAAAAGAAGGAAAAUAAAGAAAUCUUAUAAUAGAAAAGUUGCAUAAAGUUUUGACAAGAUGC